AUGCUUGAGCAUUACCCCGAAGGAACUGAUCUCUAUACGGAAUUUGGAGCUGUUGCGCGUAGCGCCAGGGUCUGUAUACGUCUUGUUGCAAAUGUGGUUGAUUACAAGGAAUUAUACGAUAACCUAAAACGGCUUGAAAAAGAAUGUAAAGCGAGCUGGGAGUACUUGUCGAAGAUCGCUAAAAAUGACAAUUCUUCUAUGAGACAGAAGAUCAACGAUUAUCUCACUGAUGUGGCCCAAAGAAUCCAUCAACUUAACACUAUUUACAAUGUAACCAAGAACAGAUGGCAUGCGUUCCUAAUUUACUUUGGAUACUCAGUUAACGAAAUCCCCGAUCAAAAUCCCAAUGAAGUAUUCAAGAUGGUCACAGAAUUUGCGUUAGAGUAUCGUACUACUCGUGAAAAGAUCUUACAGCAACGUAAACGCAUGGCAGAGAAACGUGAGAGGAAUAAAACCAGGCUGCGUCAUGAGGAAAUGUCUCGUAUGCUGACUGGAUUAGCGGACAGCGCUGAUGGAACACUGAGAAGACGAGCGCGAGCGAUUGAUGCUAACACCAAUAAAGGUUAUGUGAUUAAGUUAACAAGAAUUAGAGCAGUUAAUCUAGGAAACGACUUUGUCGUUGGAAAGCUAAGGUUUCAGGAUAGUUUUCCUCGGAAAUAA